UGCCGGAGGAGUAGGAAGAUGGCGGAACCGGAGCCGGACUGCGGCGCGCUUUUGGAUGAAGAGCUUUCCUCCUUCGUCUUCAACUAUCUCUCCGACAGCCAGUAUGAAGUCUCUGGUGAGGAGCACCUUUACUCUGAUUUCCCUGAGAUUGAUUUGUCUCCGCUGGAUACCAAUGACUUUGACUCAGCCAAUUGCUUCAGCGAGUUCCAGUGGUGGUGUGAGCACUCUGAAACAGAAUCCAGUCAGUACAGCACAGAUGACUCUGAGCUCUUUCAGCAGAUUAUCGACAGUGAGAAUGAAGCUUUGCUGGCAGCUCUCACUGAGACACUGGAUGACAUUCAGGAAGAAGACAUGGGUCUGGCUGCCUUCAAAAAUAUGGAUGAGGGGGACAUGCCCAACAGCGGCUUCACCUCACCCAUCCCCUCUCCCAAUCCUGCUGCACCAGUUACGAGGGGGCCUCCUGUGGCCCAAGAGGUUGAUGAGCUGUCUCUACUAAAGAAGUUGCUUCUCUCACCAUCCAAUGUGCCUCCAAGCUAUGAGGUUCAAAGAGAGGGGAAUAUAUGGCGUCAAGGACCUCCUAAAUCCAGACCUCAGCGAUCAUGUGCAAAGGUGGAAGGUGUCCAAGACAGAAAGUCAACUUUUCCCCAGGCUCAGAGUCGGAACUGCACUGAGCUUCAUAAACAUCUUACAACAACCACCACUACUAGACACUGCCCACACAGAAAAAACAGUGGGCCACUAGACAAGUGUCAUGCUGACAACAUUAGUUCUGUACCCCAGAGACAUUACAUCCAAAAUGAAGAAGAUGGCAAUUUAAAUAAAGAUGCGUCAAAUUGUGGUAACAGUGUAGCGCCUCCUCUCUCUUCCUCUGAGAAAGGCACUGGAGACAAGGAACUCCAUGCUGCAGUGGAGCUUAUCCACUACAUGCAUACUUAUUGCCUUCCUCCAAGAAAGCUGCCCCCCAUGCAUCCUGUUGAGGGGAAACACCAGCCUUUUCACAGCCCCUCCAAAAGAGCAAAGCCAGAUCUCGCCCUGCAGCAGCCUCCACUCUGUGGGAAUGACAGUUGCCCAUCCAGCCCUUGGCAUUUCUCCAUGCACUGCAAACAAUCCCGAACUCCACUCUCUGAAUUUUCCAUCCUGAAAGAACUGCUUGCCAGAGAACUCCCAUGCGAUGUGAGUAAGCCAUAUCGAUUAGCAAAACCUGUCUACGCCUCCUUGGCCAGGUCGCAGCUACACAAGUCUUCAAGAACUUCACCUCACAAUAUGGGGAGGGAAUCUACAGAUAGAUAUAAUAAGCCUGCCACCAAAAUAAUACCCGAAAUGAAAACUGAUCUGAGACAGAUUCUCAAAGUAGAGGCCGAGGCUGAAACUGCAGAAGAGGAUGGUGCAAAACAAGGGACUCCCAUGGGUCAGGGAUCCUAUGGGAAGUCAAGCCGCAAGCAGGACACCUCUAUUUAUGCAGUCCGUCGCUCUAAAAGACUCAACCCCGAGCUCAGCAUUUGGCACUCUUUCCUUGAUAAACCUCCCUCAAAACCUACCGUGUCCUCAGCGAUCACAGCAAACACAUUUGCUUCAAUAGAGCCUGCCCUCUGCUCAUAUUUGCAAAACUUUGAUACAGAAGCACCAGCAGCAGAAGUAGAAGUGAGUGGCGCCGAUGAGAUGGACGGGGGAUUCCAGAGUUUCCCAAUGGAAUUGCAGACCCCUUCACCAGAAAGUUCUAGGGAAAGUGACACUUAUGCAGCAAAUGAGAGUCAAUGCUUCACCCCCUGUCAUCAAACAGAAGCACCACGGUGUCUAUCAUUGCCCUUGGCACAAACAGAAUCCGCACUCGGGAAGCGCAGCUUUGAUCAAGUUCUGACUGUAGAGCUGUGUGGCACUGCAGGUCUCACACCACCAACUACUCCUCCAUACAAGCCUUCGGAAGAGGACCUAUAUAAGCCAGACAUUCACCAGAGACCAGCACAGAAGACUGCUGUCAUCACCAGCUCUGAGCCACAACCAAUGAUCAGUCAUAGGCCAAUUUCCAGAAAACAUCAGAAAAAGCAACCAGUGCGGACAGAGCUGUAUGCCCACCUGAGUCGGUCUGCUAUUCACCCUGCUCACUCUGAGCAACAUGGGGUGUUGAAACGCCCUUUCUCACGGUCUUUUGGUGAUCAUGAUUAUUGCCAAGUCUUGAAACCUGAGUAUUCGCUCCAGAAGAAGGUGCUAAGAUCUUGGGAGCCCCUGAGCCAUAUAGAAAGCCAACACAAGAGGCAAGUGCCUGAUGUUCCCUAUCAGGAGGAAAGCAACAAGUGUUUUGAUAAAAGCUCAGUGAAGGAGGGCACCAAACAGAUGAGGGACCAAGAAAUCAGAGCCAGUUUGACCAAACACUUUGGUCUUUUGGACAGUGCCCUGGAAGAUGGGGAGGAGGCCCUGUUCUUCAAAACUCCUGAAUAUGAUACUGUCUUUGAAGACAGCUGCAGUGAGAUUGGUUCUCCAUUGGAAGAGGAGGAAGAGGAGGAAGAGGAGGAGGAGUACUACAUGAGUCCAUUGGGUUCCAACAGAUGUCUACACAGUAGUGCUUUUUCUAGGACCAAUUUGCACUAUUGUUCCCGAAACAGAUCUGAUUCAGAGUCUUCAUGCUGCAGAAGUAGGUCUCCAGUCAGCCAGCAGGUUUUCAGACGUGAAAAUGGCAGGCACUGUCAAGAGGGAAACAUGAGCAGCCAGAGACUGAUGGAGAAAAAAAGAGAAAAAGCCAUUGGAGAAGGCCGUGUAGUAUACAUCCAAAAUCUUGCCAGCAGUAUGAGCUCUAGUGAACUGAAGAAGCAGUUUGAAGUAUUUGGAGAGAUUGUUGAGUGUUGCAUUUUGACCAAGAAUAAAAGGGGAGAUAAAUAUGGUGUCAUCACAUACCGGUGUUCUGAGCAUGCUGCCCUGUCCUUGAAGAAUGGUGCUUCUCUCUGGAAAAGAAAUGAGCCAUUGUUCCAGCUGGCUUAUGGCGGCUUUGGACACUUCUUUUGGACCAGAUUUACUGAUUUGGCAGAUUCCAAUACAGAAGAGUCCUCUCCAACUCCAGUAAAAAGCAAAUAUGAGACCAUGGAUUUUGACAGCCUUCUGCAGGAGGCCCAGGAAAGUCUGCAUCAGUAACAGCCUUAACCUUUGAGGAAUACCUUAAUACCUCAGUCAAGGCACUUCCAAUAUGUUUACGUUUUCAAGGAAUGAUUAAGUAUAUAAUGAGAGAGAGAGAGAGACUGCUGACCCUUUAAAUUGAUGUUUACAUUGAACAAGCUGCUUCUGUCUGUGAGUUCCCAUGGUGUUGAUGUUCCACUGCCACAAGUUAGUAUCUCUGCUUCUGAUUGGUUGUGUUAGGAUGAGCCUGCAAAAGCCUUCUGUCCUCUUCUUGUCCAAUCCCCUUUCUCUGACUGGUCCCAUUUCCGCCGUGGAGUGGCAGCUGUGUUCACCAUAACUUUUAUUUCAUUUUUGGUCUGUAGUGUGUGAUUAUGAAAUUGUUAAUUGUGAAUAGAAUCAAGAUUGUAAACUAAUUUUUAAUAGAAGAAAGAAAUAUAUACUUAUAAUGUAUUUAUGGCUCAGAUGUACUGUAAUUCAGAUUUAUUGUACCGCUUCCUUGAUUUUUAACUAUGCACUGUAAUGAGGCACUUGCCCCUCAGUAGAUGCAGCCUUUCCAGAAUGGUUCCCUUCAGUGAGUGGCUCAUCUGAAAAUCAUUAAAAAAAAAUCUGUUUGCCCUUGAUUAGCCAAGGGGUUAUUGAAUGGCAGUAUAAACCAUUCUCUCCAUUUGUCUGGACUGAAUGCUGGGAUCUCCAUUCCUUAAUUGUUGACUGCAUGAGACAUGACAAACUGUGAUUCUGCAGUCCAAAGCAGGCUUGCCCAAGAAAGCAGUCAAUCUACAAGAAAGUGGUCAUCUAUUGCCCAUUGCUGCUGAGUUGAGAAGUACAUAACAGCCAAUAUGACUAGUAGUAGCCAUUGGCCUAUUUAUCCUACAUGUGAAAUCUCUUGUGAGACAAAGAAGAUUGGAAAGAGUCAGAAAAGUUAAGGCUCCUAAGCAUUAGACCCCACCCUCAGAACAGCCAUUGUUUCAUGACAUCACCAUAAAGUCACAAAUGGUAGAACAGUUUAUUUAAGUCAUAUCCCCAGCAGCCUCAGGAACAGAUUUCUGGCCAUCUGGUCAUUCAACCAAAGUAAAAUCUCCUGUCUGAUGGAUAGCCUGGGUUUGUUUGCAAGACUAACAGAAAAAAAUGGUCAAAAGCAUCUUUGCACCUUGACCCAGCACUCAGCAUUAGCAGAGUAUCUCUGCCCCAUUUUAAAUGCUGCUGUCUGCCUGAGCAAAUUUGAAUAAGCCAUACUGUAUAAUAUAUAGCCAGUAGCAUAUGGUAACUCUAUUCUUUUUUUAUUAUUAUUGUAUAUGUCUGUUUGCCUGCAUAUUCCUUUCUUUUGAUUUGCCCAUGGCAUAGAGCUCUUGCUGUCUAUUCAUUGAUCAGCUUUUCCUAAAUUCAAAACCCUGAGAUGUCCAGGAGAAGGGGAUCAGCUUUGAGUAACUUAAACAAAUGAUUUCUGGAGAAAGAGGCUGUUGGAUGAGGGUAAAUACAUGUGGAGACCUCAUGCUCAUACAGUACACCGUACCAAAUGCAUCAUUUGCCAGAUGCAAUGUGGCUGCUCUUGUGCUAAUUCAUAUCCAGCAAAGGCUAGGGAGACACUAAAUAAGCAAUAGGAACACCAAGAGAGCACUUUCGAGUGGGGACCAAAUAGCAUUGCUAAGUCCUCCAUCAGUCACCAUAUGUUUAUUCUGUUCUUCACAAAGAUGAGACCGAUGGGGUUCAGCCAUCCCAUGUAGAUAAGAUACUACAGCCUUAAUUCUGUCAGCAGUUAGAUUCUCUUCCCUUAAGAUCUCUUUAGCAUCAGCAUGUAUUUGAUUUGGAAUCAAAGGACAAAAAACAUCCCGAUUCUGGCCUAAUUCAUGCUGUCCCAAAGUCUGUUUGUCUGAAUAGUCCCCCAUUCCCUUGAUAAGGACUGUACAUAUCAAAAGCACCAUAAGAUCAAGGAAUUUCUUGUGCCAUCCUGAGUGUUUAUUUCUGGGAUGUGGGUGAUGAUCUGGAGCUUUCAUAAUAACAAUCCUGAUUUCAUAUGGCAGCUAAUAUAAUUUCCGUGCUACUUGCAAAAUACUCUCUCACAAUGUUUUGGCUAACAAUGUCACUUUUAACAUCUCUGUUUAGGAACUUAUUAAAGGAUUACAAGACCAUUAGAUCUUCUUGUGAUCAGUCCAGAACAAAGUCUGGCCAAGAUGAAGUAUCUGCUAUUGACAAGUGCCUCAUUGUAGCUUUGCCUUUUCUGUCCUAGUAUUUCCUUAUCACAAUGAUGUUUACAUGUGAUUGCUAUAGAGCUUACUGUAGAAUGUACAUAGUGACACAUUUAGGGUGGGUAGGACUGUCCUGUCCUGUGCUGUACUGAUGUUUUCAGAGAACAAUCAAACAACAACAAAUAAUAAUAACCACCCCAGCAACUAGUAAGUGGAAUUCUUCCAUCUCCUGGCUUAGUUACAAAAGAUAUCAAAAAGUUCAGAACUAGAGUUGGUCAGAGAGAUGGAAAAUGCAUCAAAUUUUAAGCGUGUUGAAAGUGUUGAAUGCAGAUGGAAAGAAAGAGUUAAAACAGUCCUUCUGCUGUUUGGAAGGUGCUGCUUCUAGCCCAAACUUGCUUGCAAAUGUGGCUUAUCUGCUUUUAUAGCUCAAGUUAAUUUUCAGAAACUGGGCUUGCCAGUGAGAUUAGGGCAUGCAAGACAUGCUCUUUGAAAGGAAGGAAGAUCCUGUAAUGCACAUAAGCCUCUCAAUCCUAGCUGUAGGGAGAGGUGCAAUAAGUGAUCUUUGUUUUGCCUGAAGCCUAUAAAAAUAUAUUUUUUGUGCGAGAAACUUCACUAGGACUUUAUGCAAUAUGCACGUAUGUGCACAAACGCACACAUGAAUGAGAGGAAAACAAUGGGGCAUUGAGCCCUUCAGCAUCUGCAAGUUCAGCAGUGUUGAAUGUAGAACCUGAGUGGGAUGGUUUGCAAAGCACGCACAUUUGUCCUGGUUACAGCAUAUCAAUACCCGCAGCUUAUGCUAAUUGCUAUUGGAAGCACAGCUAGUUUGCAUCACCCACACAGGGAGAAAUGUGUAAAAAUCCUUUGUUCAUAUUUAUUCUUACGGUGACUUGGGAAAUUGUAAUGUGUUGAUAGAAGAAUUUUAAGCAAACUCCUCCUUGUACAGGAAGAACAAAUGCCGUCCCAAAUCUUUUAAAGCAGAGAGAUAUACCAAAGUUUGUAUGAAUAAAUAAGUACAAUGCAUUUAACUUUUGGUAUGUAGAGCACUCAACUACAGUGCUCCAUAAAUAUUGUAAAGAGUAAUUAUGAAAGGCCAUUGAAGAAUGGCCAAGUUCCAUAUGACAAAGCGAUAAGAUCAAAUGUGUAAAGUACCCAGUUUUAUUCUCCUGCCUCUGAAUAUCAGAGUACCUGAAUAAUAGACUUGUGAUCCACUAAACCAAACUCAGGCUGUCAUCAGGUCUCCUGAUUUUGCUCCUUGCCUGGGAGUUUGAGAGAUCCCAUAGGCUUGGAUAAGCAACGGAUAGUCUUUGGUUACAUUGGUGGGUCAACAAAUCUACAAUACAACAUGAGCCUUUUUUCAUGCAGUAAGAGAACUAUUUCCUUUCCUUAAAAUAAGGAAUUAAGAUGAGCUUUAUAUCUUGCUCCAGCCAUCCUUGCUGCUAAUGUGUUCUGACAGAUUCCUCCUAAGGGCAGUUAUAUCCAGCACAUUUUGAUUUUCCAAGAAUAGUAUGAAGAGGUCCUCUGGCUAAAAAUGAAUGUAUGCUGCCUCUCAGCUUAGGGGAUUCAUUUCUGAAGGCAUCGUGUUCUUUGCCCCUUUUAUAAAGAGUAUGCUGCUGGGGUCCUUUCUGCAAAAUUUGCCUAACUUUCUUCUGUCCUUGUUUUAAUUAUAUGCAUAAUGCCAACACCCCCAUGUUCAUGGGGCAGGCCUAGCCAUAACGAUGAGCAACAGAACAAAUCAAGAUCUUGUGAGAACACAUGAGAAACCAAAUAAAGAGAAUCAGUUGUCCAGGGUUUUUCGGAACAAAAGGGUGUAUUAAGAAAGGCAAUCAUGAGGGAGACAUUUAUUUUUUUAAACAAAAUUAUAUAUGUUUGUAGGUGUGUGUGUGUGUGUGUGUGUGUGUGUGUGUAUGAGAGAAAGAGAAAAAAAUCCUAAUUUUCUUUUUUUUUAUUUUGGAAAAUCAGGAGAAAUACCUUAAGAUAGGAAUAAGUCACAAGCCAUUUAUUUUCUCUUGAUCCUUUAAUAAUGAUCACUUUAUGUGAAACACAAGUCAAUAUUGAUAAGUCAACUAAAAACUUUGUCAGAAGACAGCAGUGUUGUACAGAGACUGUACAAGAAGAACUGGAUUCUGUAUCUUAUUUUCACUGCCAGUUAUUCGAACAGUUGUCAUGUUUUCCCUCUGACCUAUUCUACCUCCAUAAAACCGGUAUCGGCUUUGUCUUUGUUUUUGUGGUGAACUCUCAAUUUUCUCAGUAGUAGCCCAUUCAAAAAGCCAUACAGGAGUCAGUAUGAGUGUGCACGUGGCUGUGUUUAAUAUGGCAUUAAUUUACUAUAUGAAAAUAGGAAGCAGGUUAGCAUUUCUUCAGUUUAUUUUUACAAGAUAGUCCAUGUGUGAUAUUCUUUAUCAAUGUAAGCAUACCAAGACCCAUUUUCAUUUCCAUGUUUUCUGAAUUUUUUGCAAAGAGCUAUUUCUUUCUCAUUUGUGCAAUUUGACUGGUGUUUUUUUUAAUAAAUCCUUACAAUAUAUUGAUACGCAUAUAGCAUUUGGGAAUGCCCCUUUCUUGAUAUUUUUGUGUAUCAUUUCAGGUACCUCUUUGUUCUGAUGACGGUGUUCACCCUCCUUAUCAAAAAUAGCUAGGGGCUUAUCAUGCAUUCUGCAUUGUAUUUCUGAUUAGCCAAAGUACAUGGCCUAACAGUGAGCAGCUGCAAAAGGGAAUUACUAAUUUAUUCUAAGACAAAUGCUAUAAGAAUGUAAUAUAUAUUAAAAAGAUGUUUUAGGGCAUAUGUUGAGCAAAAUGGCUUAGAUGUGAAAGGCUGUGUGGGAGUUCAUGUGAUGAAUUGAACUUCCCUAAAAUCCUUAUACGUACAGGUAGUCCUAAGUUCGUUUAGUGAUUGUUCAAAGUUACAAUGGUACUGAAAAAAGUGACUUGUGACCAUUUUUCACCCUU